CACACCCGCCGUUUCCUAGGAGAUGAAACACACAAGACGCCGGAGCUUCACACCCGAGCAAAGGAGAUGAACCGGUAUACAACCAUGCGACAGCUGGGAGAUGGCACCUAUGGGAGUGUGCUGAUGGGCAAGAGUAAUGAAUCUGGGGAGCUGGUGGCCAUCAAAAGGAUGAAGAGAAAGUUCUAUUCUUGGGAUGAAUGUAUGAAUUUGAGAGAAGUUAAGUCUCUGAAGAAACUUAAUCAUGCCAACGUGAUUAAACUAAAAGAAGUUAUUAGAGAAAAUGACCACCUUUAUUUUAUAUUUGAGUAUAUGAAAGAAAACCUCUAUCAGUUAAUGAAAGACAGAAACAAGUUGUUCCCUGAGUCAGUCAUCAGAAAUAUUAUGUAUCAGAUAUUGCAAGGGCUGGCAUUUAUCCAUAAACAUGGUUUUUUCCAUAGGGAUAUGAAACCAGAAAACUUGCUUUGUAUGGGACCAGAACUUGUAAAAAUUGCUGAUUUUGGACUUGCAAGAGAAUUGAGGUCACAGCCACCAUACACUGAUUAUGUAUCCACCAGGUGGUAUCGUGCUCCUGAAGUUUUAUUAAGAUCUUCAGUUUAUAGCUCUCCCAUUGACGUGUGGGCUGUUGGGAGUAUAAUGGCUGAAUUAUAUACAUUAAGACCACUUUUCCCAGGGGCAAGUGAGGUUGAUGAAAUCUUUAAAAUUUGCCAAGUUUUAGGGACUCCAAAAAAAAGUGACUGGCCCGAAGGGUACCAGCUUGCAUCCUCGAUGAAUUUCCGUUUUCCCCAGUGUGUUCCUAUAAACUUAAAGACUCUUAUUCCCAAUGCCAGUAAUGAAGCUAUUCAGCUUAUGAUGCAAAUGUUGAAUUGGGAUCCAAAAAAACGACCAACAGCAAGCCAGGCAUUGAAACACCCGUAUUUUCAAGUUGGUCAAGUAUUAGGUCCUUCCUCACAUCAUCUGGAAUCGAAACAGACUUUGCAUAAACAGGUGCAACCACUAGAAUCGAAGGCACCUUUAAUUGACCUAGAACCUAAGCCUCUUCCAGACAUAAAUGAUCAGAGUGCCAGGCAGCUGCAGCCAAAACACAGCCACCAGCCACUGCAGUCCAUCCAGCCGCCCCCGAACACGAGUGUCCAGCAAGCGCCAAGCCAGCAGAGCCAACAGAAACAGCCGCAGACGCUGUUUCCAUGUAUCAUCAAGGACAUGCCAACCAAGCCAAGUGGCGUGCUGGGGCAUAAAAGCGCUAGGAGGCGUUGGGGUCAGACUGUGUUCAAGUCUGGAGACAGCUGGGAAGAGUCUGAGGACUGUGAUUUUGGAACCUCCCAUUCCAAGAAGCCAAGCAUCAGUGUUUUCAAAGAAAAGAGGAGAAAAGAUUCUUCAUUUCGGCCCCCAGAGUCAGUGCCCUCAGGCUCCAACCACUCAGCAGGGGAAAACAAGAGCUUACCUGCUGCUGUUUCCCUAAAAUCGGAAUCCGAACUGUCAACUGCUUCAACAGCUAAACAGUACUACUUGAAGCAAUCAAGGUAUCUUCCAGGUGUGAACCCUAAGAACGUGUCUUUGAUAGCCAGUGGGAAGGAUGCAGAUCCGUAUACUUGGAGUAAUCAGUUAUUUCCUAAGUCGUUGAGACCCAUUGGGGCAGGACUUGCUUUCAAAAGGAGUAAUGCAGGAAAUCCUGGAGGUUAUGCUACUUACAAGUCAGGAUAUGUCCCUUCCUUUCUCAAAAAAGAAGUGGGGUCAGCUGGCCAGAGGAUACAUUUAGCACCUCUCAGCGCAACAGCUUCAGAAUAUACCUGGAACACAAAAAGUGGUCGGGGGCAAUUUUCAGGACCUACUUACAAUCCUACAGCCAAGAACCUAAAUACCAUGCACCGUGCACAGCCAGUUCCCUCAGUGCAUGGAAGGACAGACUGGGUGGCCAAGUAUGGAGGCCACCAGUAGGAAUCUGGUGCGAAGCCCCGUAGCAUUGCCCCGGAGAGUCCUCUGCCCUGGGGACGACCUGCAGAUGUCUACUUCUCCUGAGUUCUGGAAGGACUAUAUAAUAGUGGGUACUUGGAAGAGCAAAAACCAACUCCUGUUUUCUUUCCUAGAAAUGAAAUGCAUUUUCUUGGCUUCAUUUCCCAUAUUUGGGUAGGGCUGAUAUAUGGGUAGGACUUUACAAAGUAUUGAAUAAAAAAACUAUUUGCCAAAG